GAUUUUACCCUCAUCUUCAACCUCUUGCCUACGUUUUCAGAUCUGUAUUAUCUUGUUCUUCAUUCAUGAAAUAGACACUGAUUUAGCUCUUGGUGGUCGUGUCCACUCGUUGCCUCCAUCGUCGUCAUCUUCUUCCUCAAUCCAAGCCGUAUCAUCCAACGCCAGCGAAGCUCAGAGUCCUCAAAAGGUCUUUGAACGAGGUGGCUCUUUCUUGGCUGGGAAUUUGUCUUUUAAUAGGGCGAGAGUGUCCUUGGAAGGACUAAAUCCACCCCCUGCCUACAAAGAGCCUUUAAUGACUAUUCCAGGAAGCCACCCGAUUGUGCAGCAUGAGAUUUUGAAUAAUAAAAAGCAAAUCUUAACCAAGGACGCAGGUGACUCAGUGAAACUAUGGGAUAUAACUAAGGGUGUUGUGGUAGAGGACUAUGGGAAGAUAUCAUUUGAAGAGAAGAAAGAAGAACUGUUUGAAAUGGUAAGCAUUCCAUCAUGGUUUACAGUGGAUACACGACUUGGAUGCUUAUCACUACAUUUGGAGACUCCACAAUGCUUCUCUGCUGAGAUGUAUUCAGCAAGUGAAACAAUACCUCGAGGAGAGACUGUUGAGAGGUGGGAAGAAACGAACUAA